GAAACUAAAAUAUCCUCAGAAGAAGGUUUGUUUGGUUUAGAGAGAAGAAAACGUUGGUCGGAGAACAUUACCGGAAAGAGAAUCUUUGUUGAUUCCAGAAAUGUCUAGCAUCGCUUCCUCACACCAAAGCUUCCUCACCAACGCCCUUAUUCCACUAACGCACAACCCAAAGUUCAGGACCACUGUUACUUUCCCUUCUUCACUCAAAACUGUCUCUUGCAGUUCCCCACAACAUGAACAGCAACAAUCUCCAAGGAAGAAGAAUGAGAACAAGUUAGCAAAGUUGGCAAUAGUUGCACUUGCUGCUGGUGUGUUAACACUUGGGUCAGUUCAUGAUGCAUCAGCCGCCAAGACUGGUGGUAGAAUCGGGGGCCAGGCCUUCAAGUCAGCAGCUCCGCGCUCCUCACCAAGAAUCAACAAUUCCAGAACCAAUAUCUAUAUUAAUCCUCGAGUGGCACCUCCGCUAGUUGGUGGCUAUGGCUAUGGUUAUGGUGUGCCAUUUUACGGUGGCUGGGGAUGGUCUCCAUUUUCAUUCUUUGCACCAGGUCCCAGUGUAGCUGUAGGCGUUGGAGGUGGAUUUGACACUAUUCUUCUGUUUAUGUUUCUUGGUGCUGCCGCUGCAGUUGUGAGGAGAUUCUUUGGGUCAAGAAAUGAAGAUGAUGACUACUAGCGGUAUAAAAAAGAGUGCCAAGUCGAUGUAUAGAAGAAUGGAAGGGUGACCAUUGUGACCAAUUUAUUAGUUUGAUGUAUUUUGAGAUAUUAUACUUGAAAACCAAGCAAUCUUGUGCUUUCUAAUGCACUGGUUUACAUGCUUGUUACACAGGAUGUAAUGAAGCAAUGGAGAUACAUUAUACUCGUUCAGGGAA